GUGCAGAUUGGGUGUCACUCAGAUGACCUCAGCAGAGCAAAGGAGCUGAAACGCCCCCCUGUGGUGAUACGCAGAUGUGAUGUCAAAGAUCAGGAGAUGUCAGUCUCCUCUCUCUGGGGGGGCCUCAUUUACAUCAUAGUGCCAAACGGAAGCCAGCUGGGGGGAGUGUCUAUCACUGUAAAAGGGGCUGUGCAGGCUCCUUUCUUCAGACUUGGAAAGUCAUCUAAGAGCCAGUGGCUGACCUGCAUCCGUCACUAUCCAGCUCCGUGGGCAGAACUAGCUACCCAGAACAUCAUCUUAACAGUGCCUGCUGACAGCAUCCGUCCCAUAGACGAUCCAGAGCCUUUGCUGACCCUCUGGGAGCGGAUUAUGGCAGCUGUAGCUGAGCUGGCAGCUACACCAGCCACGUUCCCUCAGCCAGAAAGGAUUGUAGCGGAUGUUCAGAUCUCAGACGGCUGGAUGCACGCUGGCUACCCAGUCAUGUGUCAUUUGGAUUCAGUGAAGGAGUUGGUGAACAUGGAACACAUGCAAACAAAUGGCCUUUGGGGUCCCAUCCAUGAGCUGGGACACAACCAGCAGCGGGAAGGCUGGGAAUUCCCCCCUCACACUACUGAGGCCACCUGCAACCUGUGGUCUGUCUAUGUGCAUGAGAAGGUGCUGGGGAUCUCUAGGGACAGGGCCCACGAAGAGCUACAGCUGCAGCAUCGCAAUAAAAGAAUCAGCGAUUACCCUGGCAAAGGAGCCCAGCUAAAGGACUGGAAUGUCUGGACUGCACUGGAGACCUACCUGCAGCUGCAGGAAGCCUUUGGCUGGGAACCUUUCAUCCAACUCUUCUCUGAAUACCAGACAAUGUCUAACAUCCCCACAGACAACCCUUCCAAGAUGAACCUGUGGGCAGAGAAGUUCUCUCGGCAGGUGAAGAAGAAUCUGGCCCCUUUCUUUGUGGCUUGGGGCUGGCCCAUCAAGAGGGAAGUCUCUAAGAAGUUGGCAUCUCUGCCCAACUGGGAUAAGAACCCAAUGAAGAAAGUGUGA